GCAAUAAUUAUAGUUCGAUGCUGUCGGGGGGAACACCGCGCUCAAAAAGUUUUGAUAACAAAUAACAAUAAUCGUUGUCAAUAAUUAUUUUUAGUGUUCAUCUACGACACUAUCAGAUAUCCUUUCUAGUUUCGACCGCCACCGCCUUGUUGAGGUUAGGAAACGGUUUCGUUUCGCGAUCAAAACACAACACAUCGCACCACCGCCGACGUCGUCUAGUUCUAGUGUCCACGGUCCACUGUCCGUCGCGACAACGACCACUAAAAGUAAUAAAAUAAAUUCGUGUUCACUGUUGCAAGCCCUACACACGAUGGCAGGUCCUCCAACGUUUAUCGAGCUGACGCGCGAAGAACAGGCUUUAGAGUUAAGGUCAUAUCUGCGCAGCAUUGGCGCUACUUUACAAGAGAAGGCAACAGAUAACAUUGAAGAAGAUAUGAAAGAAAUCAUAUCUAAGUGUGAUGCUUGUUUAAAAACAGACUUGUCAGAUGCUGAUAUUGAAAGCUUUUUAUGUUCUAUUGUAUCAGUGAUUAUUGGAAUUGGUACUUUAGAUGUGGAGAGCAACCUUGUUACUGCAUUUAGUCAAAAACUUUCUAAGUAUGAAGAAGAACGUUUCAGCAAUACCAUACUUAAGACUUUAUGGCUAUUGCACGGUACAGUUGACCCAAAACUACCAGCUCGUUUUCAGUUGUAUUCUGAUAUAAUUGAUGUAGCGAAACGAAACAAGCAGCUUUUAUUGGUGUAUGGAGGAAUAGAUAGUUUAAACAAAUCAUUACUUUCAAUCAGUCAUUCCAAAAAACAAAAGCAGUCUCUCCUAAGACAGUUGCAUGGUGCACUGAUUGAAAAUGGACACAGUGAAUUGGCUGCAGAAGUUAUGAUUGAACUUCUCCGCAAUUACACAGCUGAUGAUGGAAAACAGGCUAAAGAUGAUGCGAAGAGGUGUAUUAUCUCUGCUAUUGCUGAUCCUAAGACAUUCUUGUUCGAACCGUUGUUGAGUUUGACUCCUGUUAUAUCUCUACAAAACUCACCUUUGCACGAGCUCUUGGUUAUAUUUGUCUCUGGAAAUCUUACCAACUAUUUAGAUUUCUACAAAGGUCACAAGGAUUUAAUCAAAUCUUUAGCAUUAGAUCAUCAAGCAAAUAUACACAAGAUGAAACUACUGACAGUCAUGAGUUUGGCUGAGGACUCUAGCAUCAUAACAUUUGAAACGAUACAGCAACAAGUGCAAAUAACCGCUGAUCAAGUGGAACCAUUUUUACUUGAACUUUUUGGUACUAAAUUUGUACGUGGCCGUAUGGACCAGGCAGCAAAAAAAGUGAACAUUUCAAGCACAAUGUACAGGACAUUCAGCAAACAGCGCUGGCAAAUGUUGAGAAACUCGUUCUUCAGUUGGCGAUCAUGUCUUAGUGUUAUCGAAGAAGGAAUGAAAACUGUUGUGUCGAAUACUCAAACAUCAAUUUAAAAAUAUAUAUAUGUAAGACAUGUCAAUUAAAUCGACAUAUUUAUUAAAACAUUUUUUGGAAUAAAGAAAGUUUACUUAGUAAAAACCAUUGAAAA